GUGUUUUUCAAAUCUACCAAUGGUCGCGUUGCUUGGGCUCGAAUGAGCCAAUCGGAGCUCCGGGCCGCCGGGAAAUUUAAAUCGCGCCGGAGGGCCUCACGCGCCACACGGCUUUCGAGACUGAGCUGUAGUGGCUGCUGGAAGUCUAGCCGUGACGCAGCUGCAACCUCCUCUCACUUCCCUUGCGGGGCCCGGCGACCUCCUGCAACUUCCCUCCUUGCUUUUCUCCCAGUGUUGAACACAACCAUGUCCACCAAUGAAAAUGCUAAUUCACCAGCUGCCCGACUUAAUAGGUUUAAGAACAAAGGGAAAGACAGCACAGAAAUGAGGCGCCGGCGUAUUGAAGUGAAUGUAGAACUGAGGAAAGCUAAAAAAGAUGACCAGAUGCUGAAAAGAAGAAAUGUCAGCACUUUUCCUGAUGAUGCUACUUCUCCUUUGCAAGAAAACCGAAAUAACCAGGUCUCUGCACUUUGGUCUGUUGAAGAAAUUGUCAAAGGCAUAAAUAGUAAUAACCUGGAGGUUCAACUUCAGGCUACCCAAGCUGCUAGGAAACUCCUUUCUAGGGAAAAACAGCCUCCUAUAGACCAAAUAAUUGAGGCUGGUAUGAUUCCAAAGCUUGUAGGCUUCUUGGGCAGGACAGACUGCAAUCCUAUUCAGUUUGAAUCUGCUUGGGCACUCACUAACAUUGCUUCUGGAACGUCAGACCAAACCAAGGCUGUGGUAGAUGGAGGGGCUAUACCUGCGUUCAUUGCCCUGUUGGCCUCUCCCCAGGCUCAUAUCAGUGAACAGGCAGUGUGGGCUCUGGGAAACAUUGCAGGUGACGGUUCAGCCUACAGAGACUUGGUUAUCAAGUAUGGUGCAAUAGACCCUCUUUUAGCUCUGCUUGCAGUUCCUGAUAUAUCUUCAUUAGCAUGUGGUUACUUAAGAAAUCUGACCUGGACACUUUCAAAUCUUUGUCGGAACAAGAAUCCUGCUCCCCCAAUAGAAGCUAUUGAGCAAAUUCUUCCUACCUUAGUUCGCCUUUUACAUCAUGAUGAUCCAGAAGUUCUGGCAGAUACCUGUUGGGCCAUUUCCUACCUCACAGAUGGCCCAAAUGACAGGAUUGAAGUGGUUGUGAAAACUGGAGUUGUCCCACAACUAGUGAAACUUCUAGGAUCUGGUGAAUUGCCAAUAGUGACCCCUUCCUUACGGGCUAUAGGAAACAUUGUCACUGGGACAGAUGAACAAACUCAGAUUGUAAUAGAUUCAGGAGCGCUUGCUGUCUUUCCUAGCCUGCUUACUCACCCCAAAACCAAUAUCCAAAAGGAGGCUGCAUGGACCAUGUCAAACAUCACGGCUGGCCGUCAGGACCAAAUACAGCAAGUUGUGAAUCAUGGAUUAGUUCCUUACUUGGUUGGAAUUCUGUCAAAGGGAGACUUUAAGUCACAGAAGGAAGCUGUCUGGGCCGUCACAAACUAUACAAGUGGCGGAACAAUUGAACAGAUUGUGUAUCUUGUCCAAAAUGGAAUUCUGGAACCCUUAAUCAACCUCUUGUCUGCAAAAGACAGCAAAAUUGUCCUGGUUAUUUUGGAUGCAAUUUCAAAUAUUUUUCUGGCUGCUGAAAAACUCAAUGAAACUGAAAAAUUGUGUAUCCUGAUUGAAGAAUGUGGAGGACUUGAUAGAAUUGAAGCACUUCAGUCCCAUGAGAAUGAAAUGGUAUAUAAGGCUUCCUCGAGCUUGAUUGAAAAGUAUUUCUCUGCAGAGGAAGAAGAUCAAAAUGUUGUACCAGAAUCUACCUCUGAUGGCUAUACUUUCCAAAUUCAAGAUGGCACACCUGGAACCUUUAACUUCUAGAUUUUACAGUCAAACCUUCAAGUCUUGUAUGCCUUGUUCUCUUGGUAUAAUUUUGUCUUACUGUCUCUCCACUAAGAUCUUUUUUUAAAUGUGACUUUUAAUGUAGCACUAAUGCAUACUUGAACAGUUUGAACUGUGUACAUACUGUAUGAAACCUCUAUCCUCAAUAUAGGAUUCUUAUUUCUAUGUGGAAUUUCCUGUCUUGCAGUGUCCUGUAAAUAAAAACUUAAUUCCA